GCGUCUCAGCUGAGCGCGCGGCAGAUCCUCCGCUAUCCGCGAGGCAGCCACAGCAUCCCUGUCCUCCGGCGAUGUUUCAGCUCCGGUUCAUCGGCGGCUGCGUGCCGUUAUUCAUCAUGGCGAUAGUGUUCGACAUCACCGGCCUGGUCCUGCUGCUGUUCGGCAUCUGCGGCGGCGUGCAGCGGCGUGGUGUGUUUUACGGGGAUUUUCUCAUCCACACCGGCGCGCUGCUGUUGUUCGCCAGUCUGGGCUUCUGGCUGAUGUGGUAUGUAGGCAACAUCAAAGUGAAAGAGGAGGAUUUGGAACGGGGAUCCAGCACUGCGCACAGCGUCAAAAAUCUGGCGAGAAAGCUGACGGAGAGACUCUCCAAAACGCACAACAACGACACAGGUGAGAAAGCGGCAGGUAAAUCCUCCACUAUCCGAAAUGUGACGUGGGGCAAAUCCACCUAUGUCCCGGGACUGAAGGAUCCAGAAACGGAUACGAUCAGUUGCGAUGAAGAGUCUAAAGAGAACGGAGGCGAGGAGUUCACGUGUUAUCAGAAUAAAGGUUAUGAGGAUGAGGAGGCCAGCGUGACCAAAGGUGAUGAUUCAUCACAAGAGGAGAAACAGGACCAGACCCCGGAGGAGUCGAAAUCAGACGUGAGCAACACCGAUGAAACGCCUGAAGAGACAAAGCCUGAUUCUGAGUUCACCUGUUAUCAGAAUGAAGGCUAUGAAGACUCAGAAUCAGACGUGACCAAAGGCGCUGAUCAGACAGAGAGCUGCGACACUUUACUUUGAGAUCAGGUCGUUCUAGGUCGAACACUUUCAGAAGCUGAAAAUUCUUCCAGGUCAAACAAUCAUAAUGUACUGUACAUGCAAUCUGCUGCGCAGAAUCCCAUCACUGUGUCGGUAAUAUAGACUGUCAUGUAGUUACACGCAUCAUUAAGGCUUUUAAUGGCUCAUGUUGAUAAGGAUAUUAAUAAUCAAACAUGGCCAAAUAGUGUCAGAUUAUGUGAUCUGGUCAAUAUAUCGCUCUUUCACUUUAUGUGUGUGUGGUUGAGUCCACACGAGUUUUUGUUUACAUUUGUUAGUAUUUAAAGUGUCUUAAACUAAUACUCAGGUAUAGCCCUUGCUUUUCACUGUUAAAAUCAUUUUAAAGCUUUACAUUUGUGUCUUGUUUUCAGUUAAAAUACCUAGGGGUGUAAAUCGGACCAUUUGUCACGAUACGAUGCGACGUGUUUUCUCUGCCAGCGGUACGAUAUUUGCCGAUACCUCGGAAAUUUCAGCGAUGCGAUUACGAUUUGAUUAGAUUCAUUUAUCGACAUUUUAAUAUUACUUGCUUAGUUUACACAAGCGGUUACAUUUUUUACUUUAUUUUAUUUAAAAAGAUAUAUAUAUUUAAAAACGUUUCAUUUAACUCUUUGAUUUCAUUUGCAACAACAACUAACAAAAAAAACCAAAAUGCACGCAGACGGACGUUACGUGAGGAAUGAGGAUGUGGAGAGUGUCAAAAUAAAGGUACCUCAUAUCGAUAUUUCAUGUGUGGCACUGAUGUGAAUCGAAGCAUCGAUUAAAUUUCUAACGAUACGAUGCAUCGAUCCAUAUCGAUGUAUUGUUACACCCCUAAAAAUAACCAGAACCCUAUGUUUCAAAAAUGUACCUCCUAAGUAAAUGUGUUUUUACCGGCAAACCGGACAGAAAUGCAGAGCUUGAAAAAGAUGGUUUGCAGUGUUGCACAGUCUCAUUUGUAAGUUCGUGCAUCAGUGUAGGAAUCCAUUUCCCAGUCAAAGUGACACAUGCAAAGCCAUUUCAUUUCCAACCUGCCGCCAUGGACAGCCGGUGAGGAGUUGCCCAACCUGUCCAACAGCAAACAGAGUAGCUUCUGUGCGCUGUGCGCUUCAAUAUGGGUGUGACUUUUCUGGGCCAACUUGUAACAAAGAUGGAAAUAUAAUACUGUACUUUACCAAACAAUACCUUAGCCGAAAGACAAUCUGUACAAAUAUGAGUAUCUUUUGUUCUAUUGGUGCCCAAAUCUUUUAUUUUGAGAAAGGUUGGAAUUUGUGUGACUAUUUUAGACAAAUUACCAGUGCUGUUUAAUUCCAGCUCGCCCCACUGAAAGACUUGGCCCAAAGGUUUCAUUUUGAGCCAUUUCUUAACUUAUUUUCACUGUAGUUUUACGCUGUUUACAGUUGUGACCGCACUGUAAAAAAUGGUUGCAUUACUACUCGUUUUAACUUCCCAUUUAACAGUUUUCCAUAAGAUUUAAUAAGUUGAUUGUACUUUUAUAAAAUACAGUGCGAAUAAUUAUUUACAGUGCAAUAAAAUCUGUUUUUAAGUUGUUAUUUUUUAGAAAAGAAGGCAUGUGUUUCAUUGUACUGUGCAGAAAAUCUAAUGCAUGUGCACACUUAUCUGGGAAAAGUGGAAUCAAAUGGGUGAAAUAUUUUUAUUUUUAUCGCUAUACGGUGUCAAAUGAGGGAAGAUAUUUAUUGUAAAUCUAUUUUUCUAUAGAUUAUAUUUUGGGUGGCGAGUGAGGUGCAUGUGUGUGAAGAACUGAGUGUAAUAUUGACACGUCGUGACAGUGAACGUUUCUCAUUCGCUGUGUGAGUUUGCAAUAUUGUAGCUGUUGUUGUGGGCGAUGUCAAUGAAGCGCAUGUAGAAGUACAGCCAUACAUUUAAUGUUGUGUUUGUAGUGAUUCACACUGAAUUAAACCACAUUACACCCAACUGUCUGUUUUUGUUUUCAGUGAAAUAAAGUUAGGAUUACAGCGGUUUGCUAAGUAAGACCAUCACUAUUAAUAUAGCGUUUACGUUCAAUGUGCUUGGUAUUGAAGCAUUGGGUAUAUGACUUGAUUGGGUACACAUCUUGCUCUUUUUGUACAAAUCUGGGCUGGUACACUGAAAAAAAUUGUCAAAAAAUGACCCAAGUCGUCACCCUAAUAUGGUCCUAAUCAGUGUUGGGUGUAACUAGUUACUAAGUAAUUAGUUACUGUCAUUUAAUUACUUUUCCCUUGAAAAAGUAAAGUAAGGGAUUACUCUUACUUUUUCUGUAAUUUAAUUAGUUACUUCUGAUGUAAUUAAAGUAAAUACUUUGUGUAAUAUGUGUGUGUGCAGAAGAGGAAUU